AUGGCCUCCUCCAGAAGUACUUGCAAGGCUUUGGUUGUGGCGGCCGGCUUUCUGAUUCUGGUGGCUUUCAUUCACCCAGCCACGGCAGCCGGAGAGUGCGGGAAGAUGACAAUCGGGACAGCGGCGUAUAGCCCGAUAUCGUGCACGGGGGCGGUGGCGGAUGUGAAAGCUAAGGUCUCGCCGGAGUGCUGCAGCAGGGUGGCGGCCAUGCUUAAAGCUACUCCAAAAUGCUUUUGUGCCAUUCUCCUUUUUCCCAAGACUAGAAAACAAGGAGUUAACCCAGCAAUUGGCCUUACUAUCCCCAAACGCUGCAACAUCAAAAACCGUCCCGCCGGCAAGAAAUGUGGAAAUCAUUUCCUAUGA